CGGGCAGCCACAAGAAUGAUAGACGCCUCGACUCGACUACGCAGAGCGAUCCUCUUAUCCGAUGCUUUGCUGGUCAAACGCAUCAUCCGCUCCAACCCUGGCAUCUUACAGAACCCAGACUUCAAGGACAAGAGUAAUACGAGCUUGCACCUCGCCGCCCAAGCUGGUUUCGAAGAAAUAGUGGUAAGGACAUAUCUCCGGCGCAUUCAACGGCGCUUCAACCGUCGCGAUAGAGCACAGAGACCAAUACCUUCUACUGUANNGGAAAUCCUAGUCGACGCUGGACACGACCAUGGGGAAAUAUCACGUAAUGCCGACUGGGACACUCCGUUGAUGUUGGCUGCGCGACACGGCAAUAUCGACGUCGGCAUCUUGCUCGCCAAUCGCUUCCCACGCUCCAUCCCUGCCUGGAUGCGNCUCGCUCUAUCAUGCCUUAAUCCUGCGUCUACACCUCUAGUAUCCUUACUGUUAUCCCACCCAGAAUACCCCGCUUCUGCUGAUGGCCGCGACAACCACGGCGACACACCACUCCACCACGCAUCUGCCUCAGGCUCCCUGAAAGCCCUCCGUAUCCUCNNCCUCUCUGCAGGUGCCGACCCAACAGCCAAGAACGCCUACGACUGGACACCCCUCGCAUACAGCCAAACAGUAGCCGCAGAAGUCUACUUCAAGAACCUCGUCGCCGAACUCGAACGUAGGAAAGUCGAAGACAUGCGUGGCGAGCAAGAGAGAAGGGAAGAAGCCAUGAAGCGCAAAUAUGCCGGUGUGCGUGUCGUUACCGAAGACAGCGAGGCUUCUUCGCGACCCAGUGACGAUAUGACCAGAUCUGAGAGCAGCAUCUCUAUUUCUAGCCCUAUCGAUCAGAGAAACGCCUUCACACCGACAUCAUACACACCGACGAUUGCAAAGAGCAAUCCAUGGGUCAGUGGUGGCUUUGAGACGAGAGCACGAGCAUGGAGCGGAGAGUGA